CUCAGGAUCCAAAUCCAAAUCCCUACAAUCCAUCUUCAGUGUUCACCCCUCUUCUUACACUAACUAACAAAGCCGCUGAAAACAUUUCUCCAACUUUAAAAAAUUCUCCGGCGAACCACCACCUUUCACCGGCGGCGAAACAUUCCGACUCCAUGCAUGGAUACCUCACAUUCACCCACUCCUCCACCACCAUGAAUAAACCCUCAUCCGCCGCCAUUAUCACCACCUCCAUUUUCUCUCUCCUCCGCCGCCAUAUCUCCACCACUACCUCCGCCAUUUCCAAUCAACAACUCUCCGAUGACCUAACUUCUCAUCUCUCCUCCAUUCUCUCUCUUCCAAAUUGGCAAAAACAUCCAUCUCUCAAACGUAUCCUUCCUUCCAUUUCACCCUCCCAUGUUUCCUCUCUCUUCGACCUCCAUUCUCUCUCUCCUCAAACUUCAUUGUCCUUCUUCUCAUUUCUCUCUAAUCGCACUAACUUUCGUCACGAUGUGCGGUCUCACGCUUCGUUGCUUUCGAUUUUGAUCCGUGCUAAAGUUUAUGGAUACGCCGAUCAAAUCCGUGUUUCGAUGAUUCGGAAUUGUGCUGAUGAUUGUAAUGAGGUUAGGGAUGUGUUGGAUACUUUGAUGAAGUUUAAUUCACAUGAUUCUGAGGAUUUUAGGUUUCCGUUGAAUCUUAGGUGUUAUAAUCUUUUGCUUAUGGCCUUGUGUAGGUUUCUUUUGAUUGAUGAUAUGAUUAUUGUUUAUAAUGCUAUGUUGAAUGAUAGAAUUUCACCUAAUGUUUAUUCGUUUAAUACGAUGAUCAAUGGUUUUUGUAAAUUGGGGGAGGUUGUUAAAGCUGAGAUGUAUUUGAGUAAGAUUUUCGCCGCUGGGUUGAAACCGGAUACGUUUACAUAUUCUUCGUUUAUUUUAGGUCAUUGCAGGAAUAAGGACUUAGAUAGUGCGUUUAAGGUUUUUAUGGAUAUGCCGCUGAAACGGUGUAGGAGGAAUGAGGUUUCGUAUAACUAUAUUAUUCAUGGUCUUUGUGAUCAUGGCAAGGUUGAUGAGGGGUUGCAGCAGUUUGCUAAGAUGGAGGAUGAUAAUUGUCGGCCCAAUGUGCGGACGUAUACAAUUCUUAUAUCGGCUUUAUGUGGUGCAGGUAGAGGGAGUGAGGCAAUGAAAUUGUUUGAUGAGAUGAGAGGGAAAGGAUGUGAGCCAAAUGGUCAUACUUACACCGUAUUGAUUGAUUACAUGUGUAGAGAGCAUAAGCUUGUUGAUGCCAGGAAGCUGUUUGAUGAGAUGUCACAGAGGAAGCUGUUUCGUAGUGUUGUCACAUACAAUGCCCUGAUUAAUGGGUAUUGCAAGGAAGGGAAGAUUGAGGCAGCAUUUGAGAUUUUGAACCUAAUGGAGCUCAAUGAUUGUUAUCCCAAUGUUCGAACUUACAAUGUUUUGAUAUGUGGCCUUUGUAGAAUUAAUAAAGUGCCUGUUGCUAUGGGGUUACUUGAUAAGAUGUCUGCACGUAACCUAACUCCUAGUUUAAUUACCUAUAAUUUGUUGAUCAAGGGGCAGUGUAAAGAUGGCCAUGUAGAAAUUGCUUUUCGGCUGCUUAAUUUGAUGAAGGAAAGUGAGGUGCAACCUGAUGAGUGGACUUAUAGCAUUAUUAUUGAUUCUCUUUGUAAAAAAGGAAGGGUCCAAGAGGCCCACACCCUUUUUGACUCUCUUAAGGAGAAUGGGGUCAAGGCAAAUGAAGUAACUUUUGCUGCACUAAUUGAUGGCUAUUGCAAGGCAGGAAAAACUGAAUGUGCUCAAGCUUUAUUUGAGAAGAUGCUAGAAGACAGGUGUUUGCCAAACUCUUGUGUUUACAAUGUGCUCAUUGAUGGCUUGUGCAGAGAGAAAAAAAUUAAAGAGGCUUUAAAUUUGUUGGCUAAAAUGCUAGUUGCAAAUGUGAAGCCAGAUGUAUAUACAUAUUCUAUAAUUAUCAAUAGAUUACUCAAAGAUGGAUCUCUUGAUCAUGCUUAUAGAAUUCUAGACCAGAUGCUCACUGCAGGGUAUAAGCCUGAUGCUUGUACAUAUACUACAUUUAUUCAUGCUCAUUGCAGCUCAGGAAACAUAGAAGAGGCAGAAAAGUGGAUGUUGAUUAUGAAUGAUCGCGGUAUUUUGCCAGAUGUUGUCACUUACACUGUCCUCAUUGACGGGUAUGCUCGCUUAGGAUCACUAAGUCAAGCUUUUGGUCUUCUCAAGCACAUGAUGGAUGCUGGCUGCAAACCUUCUGAGUUUACUUAUUCUAUCCUAAUCAAGCAUUUAUCUAAUGAAAAGUGUUCAGUAAGUGAUGGAAAAGAAAGUGUUACUGAUGUGCCUGUAAAUGCUACCUCUGCUGAUGUAGUUUAUGUUUGGAAGGUGGUGAAAUUUGAAACUGUUAUAGAGCUCUUAAACAAUAUGACUAAGCAUGAUUGUUCACCAAGCACUGACACUUAUAACAUUCUUAUUGAUGGAUUCUGCAAGCGAGGACGGAUUAAGGAAGCGCAAUGGCUGGUUGAUUACAUGAAACAGGGAGGAAUCCAACCUGAUGAAAAUAUUCGAAACUCCAUCAUAAAAUGCAGCUGCAUGCUGGGCUUGUAUGAAGAAGCCUUCCAGCUGAUAAAUGACAUGGUUACAAUGGGUGAAUUACCGCACCUGGAAUCUUAUACAUUACUAAUUUUUGGAUUGUAUGAUAAAGGGAAUAGAGAUCAAGCAGAGGCAGUAUUUUGCAGUCUACUCAACUGUGGGUAUAAUAACGAUGAGAUAGCUUGGAAAGUUUUGAUUGAUGGCCUGCUAAAGAGAGGUCAUGCUGAUAGCUGCUAUGAACUUGCCAAACUCAUGGAGAGCAAUGGUUACUGCCCAAAACCUCACACUUAUUCAUUGCUGAUUGAGGGUCUUCUUGGUGGGUCAGAGGGCAAAUAACCCAUUGAUGAGACUGAUGCUCUCAAGUCAGAUAUCCUUCAUCUUUGGUUAUUUUGGCUCCAGAAGAUUCAUACAAGAAGUUCUAUCUUGUAUAUGCCUUCAGUUUCCAUGGUACUGAAGCUUGAGUUAGAACCAUGACUUCAUUGGAAUUCAAGCCCAGAAUGUCCGGGUGUCCAAGUGCAAGAGCAGCUGAAUGCAAGAUCAUUCAUGUAUCUUAUGGGA